GGCCGCGGGGCCUGCGCGCGCGGCACGAGCCGCCGGCGCCGGCGGGCUGAAGAUGAGGUCGCUCUCGCGCAGCUCGGUGAAGAUGGAGCCGAGCGACACCGACUCGCUCACCGACGGCGAGAAGAUCGACCCCGAGCUGAUAUUCACCAAGCAGGAGCGCAUAGGCAAGGGCUCGUUCGGCGAGGUGUUCAAGGGGAUCGACAACCGCACGCAGCAGGUGGUGGCCAUCAAGAUCAUCGACUUGGAGGAGGCCGAGGAUGAGAUCGAGGACAUCCAGCAGGAGAUCAUGGUGCUGUCGCAGUGCGACUCGCCAUAUGUCACCAAGUACUACGGCUCCUUCCUCAAGGGCACCAAGCUGUGGAUCAUCAUGGAGUACCUGGGCGGCGGCUCGGCGCUGGACCUGAUGAAGGCCGGCAGCUUCGAGGAGAUCCAUAUCUCAAUCAUCCUGCGCGAGGUCAUCAAGGGGCUCGACUACCUCCACUCGGAACGGAAGCUGCACAGGGACAUCAAGGCGGCGAACGUGCUGCUGUCGGAGCUGGGCGACGUCAAGCUGGCCGACUUCGGCGUGGCUGGCCAGCUGACCAACACCACUAGCAAGCGGCAGACGUUCGUCGGCACGCCCUUCUGGAUGGCGCCGGAGGUCAUCAAACAAUCGGCCUACGACUCCAAGGCGGACAUCUGGUCCCUGGGCAUCACGGCCAUCGAGCUGGCCAAGGGCGAACCGCCCAAUUCGGACCUCCACCCGAUGCGCGUGCUCUUCCUCAUCCCCAAGAACAGCCCACCGCAGCUGCAGGGGCCCUACACGCGCCAGUUCAAGGAGUUCGUGGAGGCCUGCCUCAACAAGGACCCGGAGAACAGGCCGACAGCCAAGGAGCUGUUGCGGCUGCCGUUCAUCCGGAAGGCCAAGAAGACUUCGUACCUGAUCGACUUGAUUGACCGGCACAAGAAGUACAAGAUGACCAAGCAGGACGACUCGGACAGCAGCGAGGAGACCGACUCGGAGGGGUCGCGGAACGACUCCGACCUGGACGAGCCGUGGGUGCCGACCAUCCGCGGCCCGUCGUCGGGCCGCCGCCAGACCGAGCUGGACAACGUCGACAACGGCGGCAAGGCCGACCGCGACAUCGACAGCAUGAACCACAACAACCGGAUACCGCCCCAGGUCAUCACGCAGCUGCAGAACGGCUCGGCGCUGCCGGACGUCUCGCCGCUGACGACACCGACGCCGCGGUCUCCGGAGAAGGAGACGCCGCCGCCGCGCAGUCCGACGCGGCCUACCACGUCGGCGCCGCCGCCGCCGACCGAGCACCGCCGGUCGGUGGCGGAGAGCCCGGCCGAGCCGGCGACGCCGGCGGCCGGCAACAGACGCCGCUCGUCGGGCAGUCCGAGCAAGGUCGUCAGUCCCACCAGCCAGCACCCGAACCGGAGCCGCACGCUCAGCGGUGUCAUCCACCCGCUCAUGUCCGAGCUCCAGCGGCGACACCGGAACAGCUACCGGGCGCGCGACUCGUCCUCGCUGGCGCAACGCACUGACGCCAUCGACGAGCUGCGCAACGCCUUCGAGCUGGCCGAGCGCAGCGCGCCCGGCAUCAGCGACCAGUUCGUGCAGCAGCUGAUGGUCAAGCUGGUGCCGAGCAUGGGAGAACAGCGCCUGCGCGCCGCCAUGGACCGGCUGGCGCGGUGAGGCGGCGACUCCCGGGCGCGCGCGCCCGCCGCACCCGCCGGCCAAAGAGUGCUUGUGAUAGCGGCGCCGGCGGCCCGUCGACGCCCGGCAAUAAGCGAGUCCGCGCGCCGCUGUACAUAGCGAGACAGACUAUUUUGCCCAGUCGAGAAGUGAUCCAGUGUUGUUGACUUUGGUCGCGAGUCGCAUUCCUUCGCUCACCGGGCGGCAGCGCGCGCCCGCUCGCUCGCGCCGAGGUCCGCUAGUCGCCGGCCCGCCCGCCCCACCACGAUGAAUCCGCCGAGAAAUCAAAACCUGCGAGACUAGUACGACCGACGCCGCGGCGACGGGUCGCAUCGAACAAACGUGGGGGCCGAGCGCGGGACGGGCCCGCCCGCCGCCGGGGCGGCCAGCCCGCCGGGGCGGCGCCUCGCGGCCCCGCUCGAGUCUAGAAUAUAUUUAUUGGCUGGACGCGCCUGUGCUCGAUUGACAUAGCGUUGUUGAUUAUAGCGACAAUUAUGUGUGUAACAAAAUGUAUAUACUAAUAACAAUACAAUAUUUGAGCGCGCAGUGCGUGGGUUUCGUCGGAGACCUCAGAGAGGCGCGUUGACAGAGACCCAGGGUCGCAGUGGUUGAUGUUCUUAACACUCGCACAGUAAUUGCAAAACAAA